UGUUUGUUUCACCGGCGCGCGUUUCGUCUGGUUGCUUUCUGUUUUCAGUUACUUACUUUUAUAAUCAUGUUUUGACAAGUUAUUGGCCUUUAUCAGUGUUGUACCCCAUGAUGCGUUUUUGCGAUUGCGUCUCUGCAUCGGUUGACACGUUGUUUCGUCGAUUCCUCAUCUAGUUAUGUGAUUGUAUCUCUUUUUGGUUAUAUGGAUCAUGGAUGACCAAUUUGACAGUUCAUUCGGUGUUUGUAAUCACGACGAUUCCUUUAUGAGGGAAACCUCCGAACUCAUGGACAAAGUGGAGAAGAAAUUACCACAAUAUAAACCACCACGGAAAGUUGUAAAGCUGUCACCACCAAAAUGUGCCCUAAACACCAGUAUCAUGGAAACUAGUUUCCUUACUCCUCUUAUGUCUUCACCAUUGUCACAUUCCCUAAUUGAUCAAGUGAAAGAGAAACUCAAAGAAAAUACCCGCCGGUCUCUCAACCUGUCGCUUACUCCUCACCAAGUGGAAGAGGCACAGAAUGACGCUUCAUUCUUUGGCCUUCCUGCGAUUGUGAAGCACCUACUCAACGUGCACCGUGGAAUUUCAGAGUUGUACGAAUGGCAGAAGGAAUGUCUGAGCCUUCCAGCUCUCAAUGAAAGAAAGAACCUCAUCUAUUCGCUUCCCACGAGCGGUGGGAAGACGCUUGUAGCCGAAAUUCUGGCAUUCAAAGAAAUCAUCUGUAACCAGAAGAAUGUGUUGUUUGUUCUACCCUAUGUUUCAAUUGUGCAAGAAAAGGUACGGGGCCUUUCCGGCUUCGGAGUCGACUUGGGCUUCCUGGUCGAAGAGUACGCCGGUAGCAGGGGCCAGAUCCCACCGACAAAACGUCGUCGCCGUUGUGCGGUUUACAUUGCUACAAUAGAGAAGGCGCAUUUUCUCGUGAACUCCUUAAUUGAACUGAAGCGCCUCGAUGAGAUUGGCCUCGUAAUUGUUGACGAGUUACACAUGCUUGGUGAUGGAAGCAGUCGAGGUGCAACGCUGGAAACAGCUUUGGUGAAGAUCAAACGACUCUCUCACGCACACAUCAUUGGCAUGAGUGCCACACUAGGAAACAUGAGUGACCUGAAGAACUUCCUAGACGCAGAUGAUUUUGUAGGCUCUUUCAGGCCAGUGGAGCUGAAGGAGUAUGUCAAGUUGGAGCGCACAAUUUUUGAAUUUGCCCCCAAGGAGGAGAAGCCAAUCAGGCCAGUGAGAAAGCUUUCUUGCGAUGACAGUAACGCACAAAUGAAGCAACAGGAUCCAGAGCUACUGACUGUGCUGGUGAGAGAGGUCAUCCCAAAAAAUUCUUGCCUCGUGUUCUGUCCCACAAAGAAAAACUGCGAAAAUGUGGCCCUCCUGCUCACAAAAUUUCUUCCAUGUGAAUUGAAAGAACACAAGAAAGCGGAAAAGCUCGCUCUUCUACGUGCACUGGAAACGGAAACUGGCCACGUCUGCUCGGUGUUACGAAAGACCAUCCCGUCCAGUGUGGCUUACCACCACAGUGGGCUUACGACGGAAGAGAGGAGGCUUGUGGAAGAGGCGUACUCUCUCGGGGUGCUGUCAUGUCUGGCCUGCACUUCGACCCUGGCUGCGGGUGUCAAUUUGCCCGCAAAAAGGGUGAUACUCAAGUCUCCAUACACUGGCACAGAGUUCCUAACCCGAAGCGUUUACCAGCAAAUGGUAGGGCGAGCAGGCAGAGCAGGCAUCGACUCCUCAGGGGAAAGCAUUCUCAUCAUCAGAAAAGGGGAGGAAGAUAAGGUAUUGCAGCUCCUGCAGUCCCCAGUGGGUAGUUGCCAAAGUGGCCUGCUCAAAGAUGAAGGACGGGGCCUCGACGUUUUGCUCCUAAGUCUCGUGGGACUUAAGAUCGCUGAAAGUAUAGCUGAUGUCGAAAGCUUUGUGAGUGGCACGCUGAUGGCGCUGCAGCUGAAGGAACAAGACAAAGAUAUCGCAGACGUCGUCCAGGAGUCCGUGAAUCGGUUGUGCUCUGCGGGACUCCUUCAGUGUACGAAAGCGGGCCAACUGCAGUCAACGUCGUUGGGACGAGGCUGCUUUAGAGGUUGUAUGGAGCCGGCAAUGGCCGUUCCCGUUUACGAAGACCUCAAGGUCGCCUUGCGUCAUCUUGCUCUCCAGUGCCACCUGCACCUUCUGUACCUGAUCACACCGAGGAAAUUGAGCGUCGGAUCGCUCGACCCUCCCAGCUACUAUAGGAUUUAUACGGCACUGAACAAAGAAGAGUUGCAGGUUGCAGAAGCUGUGGGAGUCACAGAGUGCUUAGUCACGCGACUGGCAUCAGGGCGUCUCCUUAAGGCGGAAGAAACAUCGCUGCUCAGCCGUUUCUACCUGACGAUGCAGCUGAAUGACCUCUGGAACCAACAGAGCAUAUGGAAGGUCGCGGAGCGGUUCAACGAGCAGCGCGGAAACGUUCAGACACUGCUCGUUUCGGCUGCUGCAUCCGCGUCUGCAAUACAUCACUUCUGCGAGGAGUUUCCAGAAUUCUGGGCGUACAGAGACCUGAUGCCGAGCUUUGUACAACGCCUGUCUCAUUGUGUCACAGCUGAACUCAUUCCCCUCAUGGAGCUGCCUUCGGUGAAGAGGGGCCGUGCAAGGCAGCUGUACCAAGCAGGCUUCAAAACUUUAGUACUCAUUGCUAGAGCAGAAGCGAAAGACCUGGUCGACAAGAUAGACCACAUGCCAAGGAAAGUUGCUAGUCAAAUCAUCUCUGCAGCAAAGCUCAUUCUACUCAAGAAGGCGGAGGACCUACAAGAGGAAGCGGAAGACAUGGUGGAAGGGCUGGCCACAUAGAUAGAAUACAGGCACGUAGGCAGGA